UCGAUUGAUUUCACCAACUGAGCAUUUCUAUCAUCCAAUAUCUUCCGAAAGUCUCUCCUUCAUCAUCCUCAUUUACGAAUUUCAAUUUUCUCAUCAUUUACUGAAAUUAGUGGAAAUUGUUCAUUGGGAUCCUCAUACGAAUCAGUGUAAACAACAUCGUUCACUAAGAUUAUCAUAACUGUCUCCGUUAUAAUAGUUUUAAGAUUAAUUUUCUAUUGAUUGUCCAGUUUAAUCACCCUUAUUAUUUGUGUUUGAAACUCUAAUUAAAUCAUCAAAAUGUCGAAAACUCGAACGGACUCUUCAAAGAAACGAGCAACUCGAUCAACGUCCAAUGUGUUUGCAAUGUUUACUCAAAAUCAAAUUGCUGAGUUUAAGGAGGCAUUCCAAUUCAUCGACUCAAAUAAGGACGGAAUCAUCGAUAAAAAUGAUCUUAGAGCGACUUUUGAUUCUCUUGGUCGAAUGUACCCCGAUGAACAAUUACAAUCAAUGUUAGCCGAAGCUCCUGGACCAUUAAACUUCACGAUGUUCUUGUCAAUCUUUGGUGAACGAAUUGCUGGAACUGAUCGAGAAGAUGUUAUCCAAGCUGCUUUUAGAACCUUCGAUGGCGAUCAAACAGGAAAAGUCCACGAAAAUGUCCUGAAAAAAGCGCUAAUGACCUGGGGCGAAAAAUUAACCGACGAUGAGAUCGAAGUAGCAUUUCGAGAAGCUCCAAUCGAUAGUCGAGGAUUUAUUGACAUUAACGGAUUCGUCAAAACAAUUAGUGGCUCUGCCGACGAGGAAUAAUCUUAUUAAUUGCCAAUAAUUAAAAAAAAUCAACAAUGAAAAAAAAUUGAUAAUCAACAAUCAACAUGAAAACAAUUAAGUCUCAUUGUAAAUUUGAUCAAUCAGAUCAAAUCAGUGAAUAUAUUAUUUCAAUUUAUUCGGAAAUUUGAUGAAUUCUCUUGACAAUCAAUCAGAUGGAUAAUUUAUUCGUCUAUUAAAUUAAAUUAUCAAUCAA